AUUCGCUUCGCACUUCAGUUGCCUCGCGUACGUCGAAUCGUGAACGUGUAUCCCGGCCCCUUCCUUCCCAGUCACUGGACACGUUGUGCUGUAUCUCGUUUUAUCGCGUUUCCUUAUCGAAUUCCGACAUCGUGAACUUGGUGCCAUCGAGGUUUCAGCUCUUCCUUACCGACGGACUCGAAACUCGAAGUCGACUCUUUCGUGCGAUCAGUUUUCGAAUGUAAUUGGCCGAGAUUUUCGGCGAUGGUGUUUCGACGAUGUUUCCCCUCGGAACAACGUUUGUGAACGAAUCUGUGAGCCAUGAAGUGAGUCUAUGUGCAGUGUAUAGAUUCGUCGAAUGAUCGAAUCUCGUGACUCGUGGAAAGAGGUUUACGAUCGCUGGCCCGUGGCAUGUGUUGACUUCAUGGUGUUCGAGAGCGUCGAGAUGCGGAACCCAGGGUUCCUCCUCGAAGACGCCAGACACGGAUAUAUUCAAUAUAUCAGCCUCAGCGAAUGUUACUUUGCAGGCAAGGGGGCGGCCUUGGUUUUACCUCCGAACGAAAGGGCCAGACCCUCGAGAAGGGUAUCCGCGGCAGGAUGCGAUAUUCAACAACACUUGCAAUCCAUGUUUUAUCUCCUCAGACCGGAGGAAACUCUGAAAAUGGCGGUGAAACUGGAGUCAGUGCAUCCAGGAAGGACGAGAUACCUGGUGGUAGUAUCCUGCACUGGAAGGCAGGAUGCGGAGGAAAGCUGCCUUCUCGGUAUCGAUUGUCACACUAGGGCGACCGUUGGUCUUGUACUUCGGGUUCUGGCCGACACUGCCAUUACUCUCGACGGCGACGGAGGCUUCAGCGUCAGCGUUUGCGGUUCCCAGCACAUCUUCAAGCCGGUAUCGGUUCAGGCGAUGUGGUCGGCCUUGCAGACGUUGCACAAAGUGUCGAGUAAGGCGCGCGAGCAAAACUACUUCCUAGGUGGGCUGUCGCACGACUGGGUCAGUUACUAUGAGCAACGAAUCGAGAGCGAUCGCUCGUGUCUCAACGAGUGGCAUGCUAUGGACAACUUGGAAUCUCGAAGACCACCGUCGCCGGACAGCGUACGCACCAAACCCAGAGAAAGGGACGAGACCGAGCGGGUGAUCCGAUCCACGUUGAAGGAGAUCAUGAUGUCCGUGGAUCUCGACGAGGUCACUUCCAAGUACAUUCGAGGUCGGCUCGAGGAGGACCUCGACAUGGAUCUCGGGGAGUUUAAACCGUUCAUCGAUCAGGAGAUGCUCACCAUUCUGGGCCAGAUGGACGCCCCGACCGAGAUAUUCGACCACGUUUACCUGGGGAGCGAGUGGAACGCGAGCAACUUGGAGGAGCUCCAGAAGAACGGGGUGAGGCACAUAUUGAACGUGACACGGGAGAUCGACAAUUUUUUCCCCGGGAUGUUCACGUAUUUGAACGUGCGCGUGUACGACGACGAGAAGACGGACCUUUUGAAGCAUUGGGACGACACGUUCAAAUACAUCACGAAGGCGAAGAAGGAGGGGUCGAAGGUGUUGGUCCACUGCAAGAUGGGGGUGUCGAGGUCGGCCUCGGUGGUGAUCGCGUACGCGAUGAAAGCGUACAAUUGGGAUUUUUCCCAGGCGUGGAAACACGUGAAGGAGAAGCGGAACUGCAUCAAACCGAACAACAGUUUCCUCCUGCAAUUGGAGACGUAUCAGGGUAUAUUGGACGCGAUGAAGAACAAGGAGAAGCUUCAGAGAUCCAAGUCGGACACGAACUUGAAAUCGCCCACCUCGCCCAAGGACGGUGGAUCGUUGAAGAAGGAGGAGAAGUCCGGGAAUCGGGGCGACGACGACGAAGAAGACGGGUUGCGGGGAGCCGAAUUCUCCGGUUCCGAGUUGAAGAAGACCGGGCAAAGGCCGAAGAGUUGGUCGCCGAACGUGAAAAUUUCCGAGACCAUGCUGCCCUCUGUGCCUCUCUCGCAGUCCCUGGAGAGCAUCGACAAGGCGGGAGGAGGGAGUGCGGAGGUGACCAGGGAGGAUCUUCUACGGGCGAGAGUGGGAGGGGGUCGGAAGGGCGGCGCGGGGGGGUCGCAGGAGGGGAGGAACGUUUUGAUGCCGUGCGACAACGGGCAAUCGUACAGCGUGUCGCAGAACAAGAUCGUCCACCUGCCGGGGCCCCUCCCACCGCCCCCACUCCCGGCCCCGGACAGGGGCGUGGGGGGAGCGGGGAAGAACGUGAAGAAUCGGGUGAACGAGCUCGAGUCGGAGACGCAGCACCGAAGCGGGCAGAGAAGAAAAGGGCUCGUGUUGAAUUUAACGAAUCAGUUCGAGUCGGUGAGCAGCAAACCAUCCUCGCCGAGUUCGGAUCCGGAAGAGCCACGCAAAACUACUCACGUAUCCCCCCUUACCGCUUUGUCGAACGAGAACGGAUUCGUGGUCCAGCAAAAUUCAUCCUCCUUGCCUUCGUCUUUGUCUUCCUCUUCGGCGUCGUCAUCGUCGUCAUCAUCGGAAGCUUCGAGCAACGCCGUCGCAAAGCAAAAUUUGUGGGAUCAUCCUCGAGACUCGAGAAGGAGAACGGACGAGAAUCGAGGAAACAACGGCGAGUGUCUAGUCUGGACAGCGUGCGGUAGUGGCAGUGGUGGUGGUAAUAGUGGUGGUGGUAACAGUGGUGGUGGUAGUGGUGAUGACGAUGGCGGUGGUGGUGGUGACGUUAAGACGAACGGAGAAGCGAGCGAAUGCAUCGCGACGACGACAACGACGAGUACCGCUACGACAACGAUGACGACGACGGCGGCGAUAAGUGCGACGUUGCCGCGGAGAAGCAAGAGAGAAGGGGGGGAUCCGUUUAGCGCGCACGUGGAUCGAGUGUUCGAGCGGGAGGAGAGGCAAGGGGAGCAAGCGAGCGGCGUAACGGCGGCGACGACGACGACGACGACGACGACGAGGGACUCGCCGAGCAGGCAGAGCUCUUGGAGCAGUUACGACAGCGCCGUGGUCCUCGAGAACAACAACUCGGUGCACAGUUCCUGGGCCACGUUACCCUCGAGAAACAGCUCGUGGGGCUCGUACGAUAUGCGGCCAUCCGACCUCCUCGGUUCCAGUGGCCUCUUCCCGUACGACAAGGAGGAUAUACCUUGGCAUCCGGGCACCGUGAAACGUACGAAGCAAAAGCUCGAGGAGGGUAACGCGUCGUCGAACAACGUGAAACGCGUGUGCACGCAAAAUUCGGACGGGGCCGAGGAGGAAUCGUACAAUCCUCCUGUACUUUUGCAUCACGCGGCGUCCCCAACGCCACCUCGUAGAAGGGAUUCCUCGCCAGGCGGCAGCAGCGGCCAUAACAACAAUAAUCGCAAUUCGAAGAUGGUGGAUCCGUUGGUCGUAGUUAGAAAUUGUCCCAGCCCCGCGAGGGGGAUCGAUAUCUCGCCCUCGUCCUCCUCCUCCUCCUCCUCCUCGAUGAUCCGUCAAGUUGGAAGAUUGUCGACCAGCGCCCCGGCACCCUCCUCCCUCUCCUCGGACUCGGAUCUACCCUCGUCGUUGAGAUCGUGCAGGUCGGAGAGCGAGACGUCGUCGAGCCCCUGCGUGGUCAACACCACUCAAUGCCCUUCCGUCAAACAUCACAAAAUGGUUCUCGAAAAUCUAAACAAUAUCAACAACAACACCACCAAUCAAAAGUUGAUGUUCAACAAACAACGUUGCCUGUCGGUCGACGACUCGCCCAUAGAGACAGAAUGCCCGCGAACCAAUGCUGCCAACGUCGCAGCCAUCACCGUCACCAGCGCCGUCACCACCGCGGCGACCACCAUCUCCGGCCUCGUGAAGAAUCUGAAGAAGGAGUUCGAGGCGAAAUCGAGCAAAUUGGAGAAGAGUCCCGAAAGCGGCAACAGUUUCGAGAACGAUUCUUCCCCGAUCGUGUCGUAUCCGUCGUCCUCGUCCUCGUCGUCGUCGAUGGUCGUGAUCGGUGGCAGCGGUUGCGGUGGUUGUGGUGGUGGUGGUAGUGGUGGUAGUAGUGGUGGUGGUAGUGGUCGAGGCACGAAAAGGGACGCGAAGAUUCGAAGCUUGCCCUCGUCACCUGUUAUUCCGCACGACGAAUCCAAGAUUCAAGCGCCGCCCGAAACCAAAGAGAAGAAGGGGAGAGAAGGAGGAGGGGGAAAGGAGAGCGCGGAUACACAGCAGGAAAAUUCGGAAGACCGGUCGGUAAGAGUUCUGGUCGGUAAAUACGAGGUCGGUAAACCAGAUUCGAGAAAAUCGACCGAGAUCCAAUUGCGGGUGCACAGAGACAAGGAUUGGGAGUCGAUCGAUUCGCAGCAGCAGCAGCAGCAGCAACAACGACACGGCAAGUCGUCGAGAAUCAUGGCCGAGUAUAGCAGAAGAUCGGCACCGAUCCUGAUCAAUAAUCAUUCGUCCUCGUCCUCGUCCUCCUCGUCAUCUCCGUUGUUCGGUGAAACGGCGCCGGAAGCACCAGGCAGGCCACCGGUCCCAUCCGCGGGAACCGGGUCCACGGGUAGUAAGAAACAACAACAACAACACGGCAGGACGCAUCCUCUCGCCAGGCUGCAGGUCAGGCCUAGGCAUAGCAGUCCGGUUUAUAACACGAUGUAAAAAAGGAAAAAGAAAGUAAAACGAAGAGAGAAGAAGAAGAAGAAGAAGAAGAAGAAGAACAAGACGAAGAAGAAGAAACAUUUAUCGAUUGGUUCUCUUUCUCUCUCUCUCCUCUCUCUCUUUAACACUCUCUCCCUCCUUUCCUCUCCCCUUUCCCCUCUCUCGAAUUUGAGCGCGCGUACCUGAAUACACGGGUAUGUUGUCGUGACCACAAUGUGAAAACCGCGUGAUCUCUGUACGAUGCCAACGAGACGAGAAUCAUCCUGUUCGAGCUCGACGACGAAUCGACGGGGACUCGGACAUUUGUAUAGAUUUGUUUCCCACCAUCUUCGAUGUGUACAAUUUUACCCUAUUCGGCGAGAAUGUAAUCUAUUUCUGAGCGACGAUACGACAGAGCACCCGUAUUUUUUCGAUGGAUAUUUCUUCGAACGGGUAGGGUGUUGAAACGACGACGACGAUGACGAUGGUGAUGAUGAUGAUGAUAGUGAUGAUGAUGAUAAUGGUGAUGAUGAUGAUGAUAAUGACAAUGACAAUGAUAAUGAUAAUGAAUUUUCCUUCGCGCGUUGGAAAAUCGCGUUUUAUCCCGCGAGUAUCGUUGCUGUGGUAAUUUCGUUCCGAUUUUUAUAUCCGCGAUAAUCGAGUCGAAAAUUCGUUCGUGUUCAAAAAAAAAAAAAAAAAAAAAAAAAAAAAUAUU